AAAGCAGAAGCAGACAUUUUAUGCGUGCCGAGUGAUUUUGUCGUUUGCGAUUUCUCCAAAAAAUCUUCGAGCAUUUCGGUCCAUAAUCGACCAUCAUUGAACCCGAAUCCCAUCAGUCCUUGGAUUCGUCGGUCGUUGGUUUUUGCAGUAAUCGGGAAGGUGGGAUUUCGGCCCUCGCCACUGCUUCCACUUUUGAAGGGUGACGAAGCUCUGUUGCUGUGCUCCUGCUGAGCCAAUUACCCAAUUGGGGAUUUCGUGUUCUUGUCUCUUUAGCCAUCGGAGUCAUCCUGUGAAGCUGUCGACUCCGACGAACUGAACUUCCGUUUCUGCUGGUUGUAGCACCUUUCGUGGAGCUUUGAGUUGGCUCAUGGUUGUUUCUUUUUCUUCUGGGUUCAAGAUUUGGUGACGAAACGAAUUUGGGAUUUCACGGGGACUUGAAAUAUCGUCUUUGGCUAUCAGUUGAAGAAGAAGAUGGGGUUUCUCUCCUUGUGAAGGUGAUGAUUGAUUUAGCUGCCAAUGAGUGCUUGAAAGCGGGAGACUUCUGAAAAUCUUGUUUUCCCCAACUCUGUGUGAUCUGAGGGAAGCUGCAGAUUCCGUUUUUCUGUUUUUCCGGAAAACAGAAAAAAGUUUUUCCAGAAGAAUCCCAAGACAAAGCUGCAAAAAGGGUGAUUUCUCCUAUGAAUUGAAUUGGGUGUAGUUGUUGGAAAGUUGUGUUCUUGGUGAUGGAGAAGCAGGGCAGUUUUAGGUCGGGGGCAACCAUGGAGAAACACCCGAGCUUUCGCGGGGUAGAGAUGGAGAAACAGAAGAGCUUUCACGGGUUGAUGGAGAAGCAGAAGAGCUUUCGCGGGGUAGAGAUGGAGAAACAGAAGAGCUUUCGCGGGUUGAUGGAGAAGCAGAAGAGCUUUCGCGGGGUAGAGAUGGAGAAACAGAAGAGCUUUCGCGGGUUGAUGGAGAAGCAGAAGAGCUUCCGCAUAGUGAUGGAGAGGCAGCUGAGCUUCCUCGGGGGUGGCGGUGGCGGCGGCGGCGAUAAGAGGAAGAGCAAGGAAUCGCCAGGGAAAAGGGGCGACUCCCCACUCCACUUGGCAGCUCGAGCCGGUAAUUCGGGCAAAGUGAGGGAGAUUCUUCAUAACUGUGGUGACCCGAAAGGUUUGUUAUCGAAACUGAACUUGGAAGGGGAGACACCUCUUUAUACAGCCGCUGAGAAUGGCCACGUUGGGGCCGUGAUAGAGGUAUUGAAGCAUUCCAACCUCGACAGUGCCUCUAUUGCAGCCCGGAAUGGGUUCGAUCCUUUCCAUGUUGCAGCAAAGCAGGGUCAUCUAGAGGUGUUAAAGGAGCUACUAUACAAGUUCCCAAACUUGGAUAUGACGACAGAUUCCUCCUGCUCAACAGCCCUACACACAGCUGCUGCUCAAGGCCACAUCGAAGUUGUAAACUUCCUGUUAGAGACCCAUGCAAACCUUGCCAAGAUUGCCCGGAACAACGGAAAGACCGUGCUUCAUUCAGCAGCAAGGAUGGGCCACUUGGAAGUUGUGAAAUUGCUCCUUAGCACAGAUCCAAGCAGUGGGUUUAGAACAGACAGGAAAGGCCAAACGGCUCUUCACAUGGCCGUGAAAGGGCAGAACGAGGAUAUUGUUCUCGAGUUGCUUAAGCCCAACCCUUCAGUUCUGAUUGUGGAGGAUAAUAAGGGGAACACCGCCCUGCAUAUUGCCACAAGGAAGGGACGCCCUCAGAUGGUGCGGUGUUUGCUGUCAGUGGAGGGCAUUAAUACAAAUACUGUGAACAAAGCAGGGGAGACCCCAUUGGACAUUGCUGAGAAACUUGGGAAUGUUGACCUGGUCUCAAUGUUGAAGGAGGCGGGUGCCGCCCAUUCCAAGGACCAUGGGAAGCCUCCAAACCAAGCGAAGCAACUGAAGCAGACCGUGAGUGAUAUCAAGCAUGAUGUGGAAUCUCAACUCCAACAAACCCGUCAAACCGGUGCGAAAGUCCAGAAGAUCGCAAAGAAGCUCAAGAAACUCCACAUCAGUGGCCUUAACAAUGCAAUAAACUCUGCCACUGUGGUUGCUGUUCUCAUCGCCACAGUUGCCUUUGCAGCCAUCUUCACCGUCCCAGGGCAGUAUGUGGAAAAGAAGGAACCAGGCUCGUCAUUGGGCCAGGCCCAUAUCGCCCGGAAGGCCCCAUUCCUGGUUUUUUUCGUGUUCGAUAGCCUGGCACUGUUCAUCUCGCUCGCAGUCGUCAUAGUGCAGACAUCGGUGGUAGUGAUUGAAGAGAAGGCAAAGAGGCAGCUCGUUUUUGUUAUCAACAAGCUCAUGUGGCUUGCGUGCCUCUUCAUCUCAAUUGCCUUCAUAUCCCUGACCUACAUUGUGGUGGGAUCCAAUUACAGGUGGCUUGCCGUGGCGGCAACUCUGAUUGGUGGGUCCAUCAUGCUAACCACGAUAGGGUCAAUGUGUUAUUGUGUCGUUAUGCAUAGGUUGGAGGAAAAGAAGCUGAGGAAUAUUAGGAGGGGAGAAAGCCGUUCCCGUUCUUACUCCAUGUCCAUGGGUUCGGAAGCUGAUAUACUUAACAGUGGAAACAAGAGGAUGUACGCACUUUGAAGUACGACUAAAGGCAAUUAAGGUUCGAUCUUCGCAGCCUCAACGUACUCGCAUUAAUAUGUAUUAUGUGCAACGGUUUCCCUGCUUUAAAAUAAGAUGAUAGGAAGCUGGUAGUUGGGUCCCUUACUCGGACUAGGAUAGGCUUAUUUUGAGAGUUUGGCUGAGGUUUUGGAUCUGAAAGCUGCCUCUGUACUAUUCGAGCCAAAUUUUGGCCUCUCUCCUCUGAUUUUGUUUAUAAAAAGAAUGGUAAACGAAAGAGAUCAGAUCACGGGCUUCCAAAGCAUUUUCGAGCUCCGGAGUGUGUAGGAUGCCAGGGAAAACUAAUGGUUCAUAAUGAUGUAAUGAAUGUGCUAAUAUAUAUUUUUGUUACUAUUAUCUGGCCACAUUGUAGUUGGCGCCCGAGAGAGCAUAGUUGGACAAAAA